AUGCAUCUUAUCAUCAUUAUCUUUAUGUUCUUCCUGACGGCCAUGGCCCAAACUCGUAUUCUUAUCGGUGGAUGGCAUAUCCUUAGCUCUGAUGCCGUCCAGGGCUCGAUCGCGCAGUGGUCUGUCGCCAACGCCGAUGUCUCCAAGUGGUCGCGCAUUGGAGCAAGAGCGACAGUGCUGGGCGGACUCGUCGACAGCGUCGACCACCCUUACAACGAAACAGCCCUCUUUGCCUCAGACGCUCUCUCAACGGUCAAUAAAUCAGAAUUCCAUGUCCCUUGGCUCUAUCGCGAGCAAUUCUCGCUGCCCGCUCUCAGCUCCGACCAGCACGUUCAACUCAAUCUUCACGGAGUGAGCUCGAAAGCCGACGUCUUCCUCAAUGGCGUGCAGGUUGUUUUCAGCGAUAUCCAGAAAGGUGUUUAUGCCGGUCGCUCUUACGAUGUGACCUCCGCUGCUCGUUCCGGCAUCAACUGCCUUCUCAUCCAAGCUUAUCCCACCGACACCGGCAAAGACCUGGCCAUCUCGUUCGCCGACUGGAACCCUGCUCCUCCGGACUCAGGCAUGGGAGUAUGGCGCACCGUCGAGCUGGAGAUAACCGGGCCUGUAUCCCUCUCUCCGCUUCGAGUAACGCACACGUAUGACCGUGGCCGAACCAGUCCGCAGAGCUCCGUCGUGGUCACGAUCUGUACUGAUGUGAAGAAUCAUGGAAAUGCGCCUCGUGACGCGGUCAUAAAUGGGACACUCGUGAUACCCGGCGGGUUGGAGAUCCAGCUCUCCCAACAGAUGCAAUUGAUGGCGCACUCCACUUAUACCCUCACACUCGAGGCCACUCUGUCAGGCUCGCAAGUGCAAAUCUGGUGGCCGGCUGCUUGGGGUCCGCAACCACUCUACGAGGUCUUUCUGGAUGCGACGCUCCUGAAUACCGUGUCGGAUUCUGCCCAUGCCACGUUCGGAAUUCGCAGCGUCGAAUACAAGCAUAAUGCCAACGGCGACGGCGAGUUCGCUGUCAACGGUCGAAUCUUUCAGGUCCGCGGUGCCGGCUAUGCGCCCGAUAUCUUCCUACGUUUUGAUGUGCGGCGGCUUGAAACCAUCUUUCGAUACGCACUCGACAUCGGGCUCAAUACGAUUCGCCUCGAAGGGAAACAAGAACACCCAGAACUGUACGAGCUGGCGGAUCGCAUGGGCCUCAUGGUAAUGGCGGGGUGGAUGUGCUGUGACAAGUGGGAGGGAUGGGAGUACAAUCACGACGUUCAAGGGGUCGAGGUGUGGCGAGAUGAAGACUACGCGAUUGCAGAGGCGUCCAUGCUGCACGAGGCGGGAAUGAUGCAGACCCAUCCAUGCCUGCUUGGCUUCCUACUUGGCUCCGACUACUGGCCUGACGAACGAGCGACUACAGCGUACCUGGCCGCCCUCCAACGCAUGGAUUGGCCGAAUCCCGUCAUUGCUUCCGCGAGCAAACGCGGUCAUCCGUCCCAACUGGCCCCGUCCGGAAUGAAGAUGGAAGGUCCUUACGACUGGGUUCCCCCGAUUUAUUGGUGGGGAGACAGACUCGGUGCGGCAUUUGGCUUUGCAUCCGAAGUAAGCGCUGGCUCCGGAACACCAGAGCUGAGUAGUCUCAAGCGCUUCCUUUCCGAUCAGGACCUAGAUCGACUGUGGAAGAAACCGAACGACGGACAAUACCAUCAAGCGCCCAAGGACAGCGUUUUUCACUACCGACAGAUUCACAACAAGGCUCUAAAGAGUCGGUACGGGAGCCCAAACAGCCUGGAGGACUACGUAUUCAAGUGUCAGCUCAUGGACUAUGAAGCAACGCGAGCGCAGUUUGAGGCGUUUGCCGCGCGCGAAGCGACCGGGGUCGUUUACUGGAUGCUCAACAGCGCAUGGCCGAGUCUGCACUGGCAGCUCUUCGACUACUACCUCCUCCCGAUGGGAGCGUACUACGGGGCCAAGGCCGGCGCGCGACUGCAGAAUGUCGUUUUUGACUAUGGUUCGACCAGUGUUCGCGUCGUCAAUCAUUCGCUCUCCCCGGGGUGCUACCUCGUUUCGGCGGACCUGGUCGAUACUGACGGGAAGACGCUGCUGCAUCAUCAAGAGGCAGUCGAUGCCACGCCGACCAGCGCCAAGGAGGUCUUCUCACUGGCUAAGAUCUUGCAAUUAGCAAAGCCUGCUUUUCUACGGCUGGUCCUGUCUACGGACUGCAACUCUAAUGUCACCCUCAGUCGGAACGUGUACUGGGUGAAUGGCCGCAUGGACAGUUUGAAUUGGGAGAACUCGACUUGGUACCAUACUCCAACCAAACGAUAUGCGGAUUUCACAGCGUUGGGCCCUGGCCGACUCGCCCCUGCUGCGGUUCUUGCUGUCGUUCGACCUGUCGCCCAUCCAGACCCGACCAUGACCAAGCUCGAGAUCCGCCUCCAGAAUCUGGUCAAAGUCCCGGCAUUCUUUGUCCGGCUGACGGUCCACGACAACGGCGAGGAGAUCCGUCCGGUCUUUUGGUCAGACAACUACAUCACGCUGUUUCCGCGGGAGCAGCUGACGUUGGUGGUGGAGUUCCGGGCAGAGCGGUGGAAGAUCAAGAUGAAGGGAGUGAAUGUGGUGGAGAGGGAUGUUGCGACAUAG